AUGUUCUCCUGGUUGAACGGACCUGGUCGCGUGUUCCGUGAACCUCUGCAGGGCUCGACCAACUACCUGGGUGCAUACGACCGAAGCGGAAACUUGAUGCGCUUAAGAGCUGGCGCAGAAGAAGAAAAUGACCAAGAGGACAAGGUGGAUGUGUCAAAACUCAACGAGGAAGAGAAGGCCAAGUACAACCAAGAGAAGGAGGCAAAGGCAGCAGCGAAAGCAAACGAGCUUCCGCGAGAGAGGCAAUCCGAUCUUCGACCAUACCCCCUAAACAACGACUUCCGCAGUCAAAGCGUCCUGAGCGAGGAGCUGCGUGAGGAGAUCUACAAGAAGAUUGUCGACGAGAAGGUUGAUCUGUCGACUGUCAGUGCUUUGUAUGGCGUCGACAUGCGCAGAGUGGCUGCUGUUGUGCGUCUGAAGACUAUCGAGAGAAACUGGGUUUCAGAGGGCAAGAAGCUGGCUACACCAUACCAUGAUGCUGUCCUGGCGAUGCUGCCGCAAACACGCUUCAACCGCAAGCUCCUCGAGGAUCCCAAGAAGACCAUCUCGCACGAGUCGAUCAACGAUCUUCCCGUCCACCCUUACACACGCACACAGAUCUUCUACCCAACAUCCGAGUCUCGCCAGUUCACCCGCGCAGAUGCAGCAAAGGUAUUCUCUCCUACGCUUCUGCCUGCCGAUGAGCGGAUACCUUUGUCCGAGUUGAUCGACAUUGAAAAAGACGCAAUCAACAACCUACCACGCGAAGAGCGUACAGCGCGUAUUCGCGAGCGUACCGAGAAGAAGAUGCGCGCAAAGGAGGAGAAGGAGCGCAAGCAACGUGAGUGGGAGGCCAGAAACGUCAAGAUCGUCAGCAACCAGCGCUGGAACUUCCGUUUCGAAAGCAUCAGUGUCGAGGAUGCAGGCAAGGAUGGUCGCAGCAGCCGUGGUGUUGGAUGGAGAUAUGGAAACCCUCACCACGAUCGCGAAAAGGGCGAGAUUAAGCUGCCCACAAGAGUCGAGUAA